GUUUUGUUUUGUUUUGUUUUGUUUGUUUUUUUGUUUUUUUGUUUUUUUGCUAAGUCUGAAAAUAUCUUUAUUCUUCUCUCAUGCUUGAUUAUUAUUUCGGUUAAGUAUGGAAUUCUAGAUUCAAAAUAUUUUUUUUCCUUUCAGAAUCUGAAGAUAUUGCUCAACUGUGUUCUACCAUCUCCUGUCGAUGAAACACUUGAUGGCAGACUGUUAUAUGAAUAGCAUUAGACCCUUGGGCUCCACGCGCUCGGAGGUAUUGGGCUCUGCUCUUUAUCCUCAGGGUUCUAAAAGGUCACAACUUGUGUUUAGGUAUUUGGAGUUAUGUUUCCAUAUAAAACAUGUGCCCUUCAGAUUUGGGAUUUUUAUUUCUUUCCUGUGUACCUCCCUUCCAUCUUGUUUUGUUCUAUUUCCCCCCAUUCCUACUUUCCUGAAAUAAGUGCCUGGGGGUCAGAUCUCUUACCUGCUGUAUUGAUCGCCUCUCUAUCUUUUCUUCCGUAUUUUCUUCCUUCUCCAGGCUCCAUCCUGGGCAAUAUCUUUUGUUCUGUUUUUUUGCUUACAAUCACAAAGCAUCAAAGUUGGAAGCGGCCUGGAAGAUCACCUGGUUCAGCUCCCUUAUUUUACAGAUGGGAAACCUGGGGCCAGAAAGGAAGAAGGUUCGGGGCGAUAACACGACUUGCCCACUGUCACACCUGUGUGUAACACCAGGGCUGUCUGACUCCAUACCCACAAUUUUCCCCGUUGACAGGAAGCCUUGAGCAAUUUAGCCACCCUUCACCCUUUUCCUCUGACGCUGGGGAGAUGACCCGUCAGUAAAAAGGAACCCCUGGGGUCUUAGGUGAAGAACGAGUCAGGCCAUGGAUGCUACCAAUAAGUCUUCAGAGGGAGCCCCAUUCAUCCUGCUGGGACUGACAACAAGUCCUGAACGGCGGCGGCCUCUCUUUGGGUUAUUCUUGGUCCUGUACGUAGCAGGCAUCCUGGGUAAUGGACUCAUCGUGGCCGCCAUACGGGCCAGUCCAGCCCUUCGUGCACCCAUGUACUUCCUGCUGGCCCAUCUGUCCUUUGCUGACCUCUGCUUUACCUCCGUCACUGUACCCAAGAUGUUGGCCAACUUGUUGGCCCACGACCGCUCCAUCUCCGUGGCUGGCUGUCUGACCCAGAUGUACUUCUUCUUUGCCCUGGGUGUCACCGAUAGCUGUCUCCUGGCCGCCAUGGCCUAUGACCGCUACGUGGCCAUCCGCCACCCCCUCCACUAUGCCACAAGGAUGUCCCGGGCCGUGUGCAAAGCCCUGGCGGGGACCGCAUGGCUGGUGUCCCACGUCCACUCCCUCCUGCAUAUCCUGCUUAUGGCCCGCCUGUCCUUCUGUGCCUCCCACCACGUGCCCCACUUCUUCUGUGACCACCAGCCUCUCUUAAGGCUCUCGUGCUCUGACACCCGCCACAUCCAGCUGCUCAUCUUCACUGAGGGUGCCGCGGUGGUGGUCACUCCCUUCCUGCUCAUCCUUGCCUCCUACGGGGCCAUCGCAGCUGCGGUGCUCCGGCUGCCGUCAGCCUCUGGGAGGCUCCGGGCUGUGUCCACCUGUGGCUCCCACCUGGCAGUGGUGAGCCUCUUCUAUGGCACAGUCAUUGCAGUGUACUUCCAGCCCACAUCUCGGUAUGAGGCAGAGAGGGGCCGUGUGGCCACCGUCAUGUACACCGUAGUCACCCCCAUGCUAAACCCUGUGAUCUAUAGCCUCCGGAACCGUGACGUGCAGGGGGCACUCCGAGCCCUCUUCACUGGACGGAGGAUCUCAGCUGGUGACUCCUAA